GUCAAAGCGAAGGACUUUACUUUUAGGGAGAAAAAACAACAACCAGGAAGUUAACGAGCAACAGGAGGGAACGUAGGCUGUUCAACAGGAACAUCAAACUCGCAUAAUCAAUAAAAACGUUUUACAAAUUGGAUGCAUCGGGAUUAAAUAAACUAUCAUUCUGGUGGCGAUAAUUAAGGACUGAAGUUUGACAAAAUGGAUAAUGAUCUGGUAGGUGCUGAUCAUGGAAUGUUCGGUUUUCUGAUGUGUUCUUAAAAUGUUUUGUUUUGUUGAACUAGUCUCAGUCGAUUACACACAUUAAGAGCUUUCUCACUUGAGAAUAAAUGUAACAGGUUGGUUGUGAGUGAACAGACGACUGUUUAGCUUACUUACAGUGUGUAAAGUUGUGAAAAUGUUCUGUUUUGCCUUCAUUCAUCGCGCAUAUUAUAUCUGACCAAGAGGUCGCUGGCAGUAUCGGUUUUGAGGAAGAUUACGUUUGAAUUGUUUAAAUUGUAACGUUUGUAUAUUUUACAUGGCGCCUGUGCACCAAUUAACUAUUUGUUUUGAUAAUCACCCCUAAUUGUAGCCUAUCUAUUCCAUAACAACAACAAUUCAUGAAAGCAUAUCUUUCAGAGCAUGUAAAGAGUCAUUAUGUAACACUUCAAAGACCUUCGCUUGAAUCCUCAGCUGUGUACAUUUAAAGGAAAUUAUAGGAGGAUAGUCAAAUAUACCAAGCUCAAAUACUACACCUUACUUUUGAUGGGCUCUAUGGGAGAAUACUGGGAGAAACCCACAUGAACUUAGUGUGGAAUACUGUACUGUACUUUCCCCUCAGGAGAGGAUGCCAAGUUUUGAACUGCCACUACAAGGGGGACUUCAGCUAAAUUAACACAAAAACAUACAUUUGGCCUUUCUUGCCUGUAGCUGGAUUGUUCGUUCUGUUCAUCUCUGCUACUAUGAAACAGUUAUUCCAGUAAAAUGUUUAUUUGUUUGGUAAUUCAUCAGCCUGUUGACUCAAAUCAUAUUAACAGAUACACACAGGAUGGAACCUACACUCUUAUCUACUUCUCAUCUAGAUCUGAGUUUAGACUGUUCACAAGAAGUGGGCAGGUUGGUAGGCCUAAUAUUACUUGCCUGGUGUCAGUUACCUGGGUUGUAUGGUCUUGGAGGGUAGACUGUAGACAGACCACUUGACAGGCUCUUCAGCAUCAGUUUCUCCCAAAUCCAUUAGCAGGAUGCAGUCCAGCGUUUACCCAAGAAUUUGGUUCUGGGUUGAGGUUCAGAGAUUACUUAAACAUGUAUGUCUGAUCCAUGAGUCAGUCCACAACAUCCAUGAGAUGCACUUUACAACAAAAGAAAACGGAAGAUAGUCAUGAAAAUUAAAACCUGAUACAUUUUCAUUUGCACAUUGUUACUGACCAACAUGUGAGGGGAAAUGACUUGGCAUUUACAAGUACAUUUUAGAGCAAAGUGGAACACAUAUCAAGUGCUUAACCCCUGUUCAACAUGUUUGGCAUGAGAAGGAGUUGGCAUGAUAUCCCAAACAGACUGGCACUUAUUUACUGACCUAAGAUCCACAAUUAAUCUCAAUUAUUUCCUCAUUUAUGUCAGCGAAGUGGUUAUCUAUUUGAUGCAUAUCUGUCAAUAAGGACAGAACACAGCCGUCAUGCCGAGGUUGUGCUGUGUGUUGUUGUGAGUUUGGAUUUCUAACCAGCUGAAGGACUUUCAAAGCUUCAAAAAGGCUUGCUUCUCAAGUAUUUGAAUAAGAAACUGUGUAAUACUGUAUGUAGCCUACUAGUCUCUCUAACGUCAGUGAACUUCCUUUGUUUGUCAGUAUGUAAUGUUUCUCUCUUGGUGGGACUUGUCAUUUGAUAGCAGUCUCCCAUUCAGUGGGCCUCAUACAGGCAAGCCCUGUGCCGGGAGAAAGCAGGUUAUGAGGGAGGAGACUGAGAACAGAGGAGAAAAAAAGAGGGAGGUAGGGAGCCAGGUUGUGACGCAGCAAAGCUUACAGUUUCCUGGAGACGCCUGUGUUUUUUGAGCCAGUUAGCCUGCUCAUGGGGUUUGAAAAUGUUUUGCAACACGCACACUCACUCCUUUCUCUUUGUCUCACAUACAAAGCCUAACACGUCAGCAACAUCUAAUUGAGUCUUUUGCACUUCAAGUGUAGUGAAGUUCUUCAGCAAGCUAACUGGCUCUGGGUGUCAAAUAGAGUGUGUCAAAUGGAGCAUUUCCCUUACAGACACCUUCAGACAUGUACUGUCAGUCAAUUAAAUGUGCCUAUUUGAAAUAUAUAUUCCUGACAUGCUCCAUUGGAUCUUGUGUGCAUCUAUUAUUUUUGUGCAGGUCUUACAUGAUCAUUCAAAGGCAGCUAUGACUUGGAGAUAUGACAUAAAGAUAUGAUGGACAUUCUUCUGACUAGACUGUAAAAGGUUAUUUGAGAAGUGAUACAGGUGUAAAUCUUUCCCACAGGGUCCUCUUCUUACUGUUGUUAAUGGAUUGUUGAUAAAUCUUUAUAGGAAUAAGCUACACCAUAACCCCAGUCAGUCCAUUAGCAGCGUUUGAGUACUUGAGUCCUUUACCCUUGGCUUGAUGGUCUAUAUUUCACACAGAUAUCCUCAGUUUAUGAAAACACGUGAUGGAUGGCUGCUGAAGUGUAUUUUGGUCAUUGACCUCUCUCACACUCUCUCGCCCCCCUCUAUGUCUGUCUGUCUGUCUCCAGGAGCAGGGAGAGGUGGUGGAGCAGGACAAGGUGAGGACCCUGCAGUCUCAGGUGGAGGGAGUGAAGGACAUCAUGACCCAGAACGUGGACCGGAUCCUGGCCCGGGGAGAGAGGCUGGACGACCUGAUGGGCAAGUCAGAGGACCUGCAGGCUGGGGUCAGUCAGUCCUACAGCACUGUUCCAUAUCUCUAUACAUCUCUGUUCUACAUUGUAUAUCUCCUCAUCAUAUGCUCCUCACUGCAUUAAUUUGUCCUCACUUAACAUCUACUAUAACGUCAUAGUUCAUCCAAAGUACAUCCAAUGAUGGAUACCUAAAGUAUUCAAUGGACCUAAAGAGUGAACCACGGUGUGGGUUUGUUCAAGGUGUAAAUGUAAAAAAAAAUGUAAUUGCAGACCACAAACUCGCUGAAAUGUGUAGCCUACCUAUCUGCAGUUUACAAAGCAUUGAUUACUGCAAAACGCUGCAAAUGGUAGGACUUCUGUGAGCGUGUUCCUAGUAGCAUCCCAUCUCUCCCUCAGGCUGAGGACUUCAAGCACACGUCCCAGAAGGUGGCUCGCGCCUACUGGUGGAAGAACAUGAAGCUGUGGGUGGUGAUCGUGGUCAUCGUCCUCGUCAUAAUCCUCAUCAUCGUACUGCUCAGCACUGGCGUCAUCCCAACCAGCUCCCCUGUUCCCCCACUUCCCAAACCUACUAAAAUAUCAAACUAGUAAUGUUUUUCCCCACUGUGUUUUAGCUGAGCUGGUUACUAGAGAAGAUGUUAGUGGGGUUUUUUGUUUUGAAAGAUGGGGAAAAAUUAGCUGCAAUGGUAUAGUGAAAGAAAGGGGGAAUUGAAAGAGGGAAUGGAGAGAGAACCUGAAGAAGCAUGAGAGCCUUUUGACCUCUAUCAUGACCUGAUAAUCCAUCAUACACAAACUGCGGGAACUCUCUUGUCAUGACCCAAUGAAGGUUCUCAUGGUCCCUGUACUCAGGCCUUGGAAACCCUGGUUAACUCCAGUCAACUUGCUGUGAGAGAGGUGGAAUUGAACAGCUAACAACUCCCCCUGCUGGUCCAAACGAAUAUCUCAAGCUCCUAGGACUGCUGUCAGCCAUGUCAUAGCUUUGUUAAUGUGUUCCUCUCAUAGAAUAGGCCAAUGGCUUUCAGAUCAAUUGAAAUCAAUUGUAAUUCAGCAAUUGCUCAACUAUUUCUUCCCACUUAAGCCUUCAUCCCUCAAAUUAAUUCAUCCAGAUAAUGAAAUCUUAACUAAAUUAAAACGGUUAAUUGCAUAGUAGCUUUUGGUAGGCCUACUUGUAUUCUUUAACUACUUGUGCGUUUUAACUUAGCCAACUGCCCACUCCAAUGUUACAAUACCAGCCAAGCUUUGGAGAGGUCAAGGAGUUAACUCCCAUGCUUGUAUAUAGUUUUCUUACCUGUAUAUACAUUUGUAAAGCACCCAUAUGGGGCCCUAAACCAUCCCAGUAGUGUAACAAUUAGGUUAAUUUGAGGCUAUUUAUUCAUGUUUUAUUUUUCUCAUCCCUACUGAACAUCUUUUCUUUUUUCUUUUUCAAAUGACUGUAUUAAUGUUGUUUUUAAUCAACAAAAUCAAUGAAGGAGAAUGAUAUUACAUGCUUGGAUUCAAAAAUACCUACAUGCCUCAAAUGCCUAUUACAAUAUUUGUAUAAUGGGAAAUUAUUGAAAUUACAUAUUGCCUUAAUUCUUUAAUUAAAAGUAUGACAAAUCCAUAUUUUUGCUGUUUAUCAUAAGGCUGUCACCAUAAUGUGCCUCGCUAGAGUCCGAUGAAACAUAUGUGUUACUUUCUCCCC